AUGCGUGUCAGCGUGUAUGAGUACAUUGCAUCAGGAGAACAGGAAAUAGUUGCGCCGCAGGCAGGCAGGAACACAGAUGAGAGCCGGGGGCCUGAUGCGAACGCUGACGAAGAUACUACUCAGUUGCGCGCUGCAUCAGAGAAUGGUCUGACAACAACAACGGCACCAGAGCAACGACCCACUGAGGGCGGACAGACGACGGAGACACGACCUGUUAGUGCUUCAAAUGCAGACAACGAAGAUGAAGAGGAAAGGCAAUCAGCACACACAGAAAGUGAAGCCGACAGGUCCAGCGUCCUCCAGGACGACGAAGUCUCAGCUGCAGCAAACCUGAAUGUUCAACCAGUAACACUUGGCCAUUCGAGUGGCGCCUCAGAUGCACGAUCGAGUGACGAAGAAGAUACUUCACCUCCGCCCGCAACGGCUGGCACUAACGAGGCGAGGCUUAGAAUGCGAGGCGACAGGUAUAAGAGGCAGAAGCAGGUAAUUGAAGUAAGGUACAGCAAGCUUCAAAGGGAGAAUGCAGAGCUCAGGAGAAGAAGGGCUGGAUUGGAGAACAGAUUCAAGAAGUUUCGAAAAGAUGUUCGGAAGGACCUCAUAAGUGCUCAGACUGCACUCAAUAGCUUGAGAUGGCACUUGAAGCGAAAGAGACGGAUGGUCGAUACAGACUCGGUCAUAGAGGUCUAG